GCAGCCUCUUUGUAUCACCACUGGUUAAAAACUGCUAUCUCUUAGGAACUGGUUUUCAUGCUGAGUUUAUGUUUUCCAGUCUUCCGGUAGUUAAAAUUUCCAGCCCCUUCUAGCCUGGGAUGGUCAUUUGCUUUUUCCACCUGUGUGUCAAGGCAACUUUUUUGGUUACCUUUGGUCCAAAUGCAUUUUUAAAGGCUUCUGAAUGUGGCACAAAAAGGAGCACAUCAACUGAAGGCAAUGAACCCUGUGAAAAGAAGCCCAGGGCACAACAAAUCACUCUAGAAGAUAUCUGUAACCCAUUGAAGACUCAGGAAAAAAAAGAACCUCAGAAGCAUGAAAAGCCCUGUAUAUGUUUGCAAACUCUAGACAGACUGAGAGAAUUCUGCAGUGAUUCAGACCAGCAGUGUACCAGAAUCCAGGAUGGUUUUCAGGAGAAGGAGUCCGAGAGUUUGAAGAAAUGUCCCAGUAUUACUGGGAGAAGUUCAGAAUUGAAGAUCCCUCUUCCAUCUUGGGACACUGACCCAAAGGUUGCUCAGAAGGAGGAGGUACGAUGUGAUCUUAGUCAGUUUUCUGCAUCUCUUAAGUCCUAUGAAAAUACUCAGAAUGCUUUGGAUACAAAUCUUAAUAAAAGAACCAAAAGCAUUUACACUCCAUUAGAACUUCAGUUCAUAGAAAUGAAGAAACAGUAUAAAGAUGCUGUUUUGUGUGUGGAAUGUGGAUACAAAUACCGCUUCUUUGGAGAAGAUGCAGAGAUUGCAGCUAGAGAACUGAACAUCUAUUGCCACCUGGAUCACAACUUCAUGACUGCCAGUAUUCCGAGCCACCGGCUGUUUGUCCACGUGCGGCGCCUUGUGGCAAAGGGACAUAAGGUUGGAGUAAUAAAACAAAUGGAAACUGCAGCACUGAAAGCUGCUGGAGAAAACAAAAGCUCUCUCUUCAGCCGUAAGCUGACUGCUCUCUACACUAAGUCUACACUUAUUGGAGAAGAUGUGAACCCUUUGCUGAAGCUGGAUGAUUCUGUAGAUGUUGAAGAGGUAACAAGAGAUGUCCCUGAUAACUACCUCCUCUGUUGCUGUGAAAAUGGAGAAAACCUAAGGGGCAGGAAGACAGGUGACAUUGUUAUAGGCAUUAUGGUGAUCCAACCAACUACUGGAGAAGUAAUUUUUGACUGUUUUCGGGACUCUGCGUCUCGCUCAGAAUUGGAGAGUCGAGUUUUGCGCCUGCAGCCAGUUGAAAUAAUUCUUCCAUCCAGGUUGUCAGAUCAAUCUGAAAAGCUCAUCAGCAGUAUAACCUCCAGGAGGUUACAGGAUGACAGAAUUAGGAUAGAAAGGAUGCAAAACCUCAAUUUUGAAUACAGCCAUGCUUUCCAGGUGAUUACUGACUUCUAUGCAAAAGAAGUGCCUGGUACCACAGGUCCUCAAAAACUAUCUGUAAUACUAAGCUUGGAUAAGCCUGUUAUUUGCUCUCUGGCAGCAGUAAUUGCAUACCUCAAAGAAUUUAAUUUGGAAAGGAUGCUUUACGAUCCAAGAAAUUUCAAACAGUUGUCCAGUGAAACUGAAUACAUGACAAUUAAUGGGACAACAAUGAAAAAUCUUGAAAUUUUGCAGAAUCAGAUGGACAUGAAAACAAAAGGAAGUCUGCUCUGGGUCUUGAAUCAUACUAAAACUUCCUUUGGACGUCGAAGACUGAAGAAAUGGGUGACCCAGCCUCUCAUGAAAUCCAGUGAAAUAAAUGCCCGGCUUGAUGCUGUGUCUGAAAUUCUGCUGUCAGAAUCCAACGUGUUUGGUCAGAUUCAAAAUCUUCUUUGUAAGCUGCCAGAUUUAGAGAGAGGCCUCUGCAGUGUUUUUCACAAAAAGUGCUCAACACAAGAGUUCUUCCUGAUUGUCAGCACCCUGUCUCGCCUGCACUUGGAAAUCCAAGCUCUUGUCCCAGUGCUGCAUUCCCAUGUGAGAUCUCCGCUAUUAAAAAGUGCACUGUUGGAAGUCCCAGAGCUUCUCUCUCCAGUACAACAUUAUUUAAAGAUCCUUAAUGAAGAAGCAGCCAAGACUGGAGAUAAAACCCAGUUGUUCAAGGACCUUACAGACUUCCCUGUCAUCAGAAAGAAAAAGGAGGACAUCCAGGGUGUGCUUUCUAAAAUCCAAUUGCAUCUGCCAGACAUUCGUAAACAGAUUAAGAAUCCUUUUGCUGAGUAUGUUACAGUUUCAGGUCAAGAGUUUCUGAUAGAAGUCAAGAAUUCCCAUAAAUCAUCUGUGCCAUCUGACUGGGUUAUGAUUAGUAGCACAAAAGCUGUGAGCCGCUUCCACUCUCCUUUUAUCAUAGAAAAUUACAGGCAUCUGAAUCAGCUCCAGGAGAAGCUCAUCCUUGACUGCAGCGCUGAGUGGCUGAACUUCUUAGACCAUUUCAGUGAACAUUAUCACUCUGUGUCUAAAGCCAUUGGUCACCUAGCAACUGUCGACUGCCUGUUCUCUCUUGCCCUGGUGGCUAAACAAGGAGACUAUUGCAGACCAGUUGUGCAAGAUAAUCGGCAAGAAAUAAUUAUUAAAAAUGGGAGGCACCCUGUGAUUGACUUACUCCUGGGAGAACAGGAUCAGUAUGUUCCAAAUACCACUAACCUUUCAGGAGAUGGUGAAAGGGUCAUGAUAAUAACUGGGCCUAACAUGGGAGGAAAGAGCUCCUACAUAAAGCAAGUGGCCUUGAUCACAGUCAUGGCACAGGUCGGUUCUUAUGUUCCUGCGGAGGAAGCGACAAUUGGAAUUGUGGAUGGUAUUUUUACCAGAAUGGGUGCAGCAGACAAUAUCUACAAAGGCCGAAGUACCUUCAUGGAAGAACUGACAGAUACUGCCGAGAUAAUAAGAAAAGCCACGCCAAGAUCCCUGGUGAUCCUGGAUGAGUUGGGCAGAGGGACAAGCACACACGAUGGAAUUGCCAUUGCUUAUGCUACACUUGAACACUUUAUUAGAGAUGUGGAGUCCCUGACCCUGUUUGUCACUCACUAUCCCUCGGUUUGUGAGCUGGAGAAGCUGUAUCCAGACAAAGUUGGUAAUUACCACAUGGCUUUCCUGGUGAAUGAGGAGGAAACCGGUGAACAAAAAGGAUCUGAAGUUGAAGAGAAUCCUGAAUUUAUCACUUUUCUUUAUCAAAUAAUUAAAGGAAUCUCAGCAAGGAGUUAUGGGCUAAAUGUUGCCAAACUGGCAGAUAUUCCUGAAGAAAUCUUGAAAAAGGCAGCUCACAAAUCAAAGGAGUUGGAGAAAAUAGUGAAUAUGAAAAGAAAGAAAAUGAAGUGUUUUGCUGAAGCGUGGAAGAUAAAUGAUUCUCAGGAACUGCAGAAGUGGAAAAGAGAAUGUAGCUGAGUCUCAGCUGUGCUGUACUGCUGUGCAACUGAAAAAUGUUAAUGCCUUUGUCCAUCUUGUCUUGAAGGUGUCAUCUUCAGAGAUCACAGUGCCACAGGUGAGCAGCAAAAACUGGCAGAGCAUUUUGAUGAGGGAGGAGAGGGAGGGCUGGGUGCACUGUCACUGCCUUUGUGUGUUUGGUUAUAUAAAAAAGUCAUUAUGGAAUACGCAGAGUAAAAUACAUUACCAGUACAAUUACCUCUAUUGCUGGCAGACAACAUCUGUCACUGAAGUAAUUCUCCAGAGGAUUUCUCUUUGUGUUGCAAAGUUUUCCAGCAGUAUUUAUAGAAAUUACAUGAAUAUGCCUACCACAUAUGUUUACAAAGUGUAUAAAUCAAUUUAAAGAUCAUUGCAAUGUCAGCUCGGUCAGGUAUUGCGAUAAAGUGUGUUUACUACAAUGAAGUUAAUGUUUAUUUUUGAAAUCUGUCUGAAAGUAAAUUAUCCAAAUAUUUCUACUACAUGUAAAAUUACUGAGAAUUUGAUUCUAUUCUUUUAGUAGAAAUACCUUGCUAGUUCUGAUAUGUUUCCUACGGAAAUAAAGGUUUGGUGGAUUGUGUUGCACUGAGAGAAGUGGGACUUCCUUAAUUACAUUAUACAUAUAUAUAUAUAUAUAUAUAUAUAUAUAUAUAUAUACACACCCCUUGCCUAGACUCAGAGAUAGGUAGAAAGCAAAGGAUAUUUUCUUAAUUUCUUAAAAAUCUUAAGCAAUUUCUGAAACAAUAGUCUUGACUUGUAAGAUGCAAGGCCUUGCAGGCUAUGCUGUGUAUUCUCUGAGACUGGACUGGUUUAAGCCAUAUGUGAACUGUGGGGAGAAACAUAAGGCAUUUAUAGUUUUCAAAUAUUUAUGUUCUUUUGAACUUGCAAGGAAUCUGUAAUUUAUUUUUUUUUUACUGCUCUCCUUCCAAAAGUUUCCAUGUAAGUGAAAGUGUUUUUUCAGGUGUUAUAAAGUAAGGUCAUUUUUAUUUAAAAUUCUGGUAGCUGCCACUAGUAAUAAUAAUGAAAAAUGCUUCUGAUGUUAAUGGAAUUUUUAACCCUUUUUCUUUUAUUUUUUAAGCAGUCACUUUUUAUGACUUUAUUAUGCUAUAAGAAAAUGGGUGAUUCUUGGGAAAGAAGGGAUUGGAAAACACAAUAUGCAGCAAAUAUCAAAUGCACAAUCUGCAAUAAAGAAGUAGAAAUCAA